AUGUCGUCGCUGCGCAAUGUUGUUAAGCGGCGUGAACACAAGGAACGCGGGCAGCUUCGCGAGCGGCGAAAGCUCGGUCUCCUAGAGAAGCACAAGGACUAUGUGAAGCGCGCACGGGACUACAACAGCAAGCAGAAGCGGCUUAAGACGUUGCAGCUCAAGGCAGCUCUGCGAAACCCGGAUGAAUUCUACCACCGUAUGCGAGGGACCAAAACCGAAGGCGGUGUACAUGUAUCCACGCAUAACCACAUCAAGUCAGUAGAAACAGAGGCGCUACGCACGCUUAAGACGCAGGACUUGGCCUAUCUGCACAUGAAGCGCGCCGUGGAUCUGCGCAAGGCCGAGAGGCUUAACCGCGGUCUGCACUUUGUGGACGCGCCCAAGAACAACAACCACACGGUCUUUGUGGACGACGAAGAACAGGUUGACAGUUUCGAUGUGGCAGAACACUUUGACACUGCGCCAGAGCUCGUAGACAGGGCGUUCAAUCGCAUCCGUAAGCGCGACCUUGAGACGGCGGAACUGCCGGAUUUGGCGGCGAAUCCCAAGCAGAAAUACAAGAUGCAGGUUGAGAAGGAUGCCAUGUACAGAGAACUGAGGGACCGACUCGCGCGUGCCAAUAAACUUGGCCAAAUGAGCGCCAAACUGGACUUGGAACGCAAGGUGCAGGCCAAAGGCAGGAAGAAGAAGGUGAAGGCGGCGGAGAACGGCAUGCCCGCCGUCUAUCGCUGGAAGCAGCAGCGACAGAAGUAG